CGACCCAGAAAAGCCCGCCCACACGUGACAUUUGUGUCAGAACUGAGAGCAAAAACUCAAGAAACGCAAACAAAGAAUCAGGCAGCGCAAACCCUAAACUGAGAAGUGAUAGCAAAAGUCUGAACACUGAGAGAGAAAAACAGGAACUGUCAACAAAAACAUAGAUGUUCAAAAUUCAGAGACUAAUAAUUUGAUUGCUAUUUCAAAUUUGUUCUCUUGAUGUGAAGAUUUUUUUGCUUGGAUAACAUUUUUUUGUUCUCAAAUGCUAAUUUUUGUUUGAUACUGAAAAAGUUUUGUUUGAAUCUUUUUGACACAAAUCUCCUUCCAUAGACCCCGGCCUCCUUCUGCAGGUGCCUGCCCUACCACCUGAGCUAAACCUGCAGCCAUGCUUCACCAUCCUUGAAGAAACUGAAGAAGCAGUCGUACUUACCUGAAGUCAGUGAGUCCAUGAGUAAUCUGAAGCUAAGCCACUGCAGCAUCAUGAAUCUGGCCUUCAGCGCUCUUUUCCUGAUCCUUGGCUCCUUCCUGAGCAGCUCUGCUACCAGUGUUGAAGAAUGCAGAGCUCUGGUCACCCCUCUGUCCACUUUUGAACCGCAACUGGGAAGGUGGAACUUCGUUUUGGGCUUCAUUGAUAGUAAACCACAUCAAGUAUUGUUCAAGACCACCCAGACCCAGUGGAUUGAGUACGUCAAAACUGGAUCUGAUUCACAACCAGAAUAUCAACAGCUAAUUGGGAUCAAGCAUACUACAUACUGCAAGUACGGAACUUUCCCCAUGACUUUUCAUUCCAACUCCGCCGUAAUGGACAAGUCCAACUUCACCUGCACAUACCAGUCUCUGCCAACCUGUGAAGACUGUCUGCUCUACCUUAUUAACGCAAGAAACAACGACAUCAUAGUCAACAGUAUGGACAAUCCGGACCCUCAAACCAUUUCACAGGUCAAACACUAUCGGGCGUUCUACAUGAUGACCAAAGGAAACAGCAUCAAGCACUCAGACUUUUUGCAUGCCAUGAAGCAGGCAAGAUGUCUGGGUUUCACAGGAGAACCCGACUUCGUCCUGGACCCGGCCAGUGAGUACUGCGAGAAACAAGGUUAACAACAAUGAUGACGACUAGGCCAUAUUGAGCUGAAGUCAGC